AUGCCAGUGCCAAUGGAAGAGCCAAAUGGCACUGGAAGUGGCCGAAAAGGAGGCACUGGAAAUGAGCCAGGCCAAAUCGAACUUCCUGAAGUCUCUGCUAAACUGGAGUUCACAAACAUCAAUUGCACUGCUGUGGAUAAAGACUUUUGUAAUUUUGAAUAUUGCUAUUUAAAAUCGGUGAAUCGGAGCUACAAAUAUAUGUCACUUAAAGUUAAUUUAUAUAAAGUUCCCAUUAACAGUAUAAAGGUAAAUCUAACCCCAUUAGUGAGAUUAAGUGGCUAUAAACCCUUUUUAUACAAUGUGACUGUGGAUGGUUGCAAAUUCCUAAAAUAUCCAAAAUCAAAUCCAGUCUUCUCAUAUUUAUUUGAUCUAUUUGGGAGCUUCAGCAAUUUAAAUCACUCAUGUCCCUACAACCACGAUGUAAUUGUGGAAAAAUUGACAACUCAAUUUGUAAAUAAUCAUCUCACUGCUGUACUUCCUGUUCCCGAAGGUGAUUACGCCUUUCAUACAGCCUGGUUUGCCAACAAUAUACUUCGUGCUACGGUUACUGUUUUUGGCACUCUUUCCUAA